GAAGCCGCAGACGGAGGGUGUGCAGGCAGUGGCGAAAGCUGCUGCUCCCACUGCUGCACCCUCAGCAGCAGGGCCAGCAGCAGCAACAACAACAGCAGCAGCAGCAGCAGCAACAGCAGCAGCAGGAGCAGCAAUUAGUUCUUCUAGGACUCUCUUCGACUCUCCUUUGUCCUUUGUGCGUCUUCGUGCUGCACUUGCUCUGGUGUCUCUGCUGCGGGGGUUGCCGCUGCAGCAGGUUGCUAAGAGCUUCGGCUGGAAGGGCGUGCUGCUGCAGCAGCUGCAGCAGCAAGCGCUUCUGAAUGCUUCCCUCAUUGCUACACUAUGUGAUCGCUUGGGGCACUGGAUUGUGGCGCUGCUGCUGCUGCAGCUGCGGCAGCGGCUGCUGCUGCACGAAGCACCGGAACAGCAGCAGCUGCAGCUGCUGCUGCAGGUCGAUGGCAUCUCCUUGCCUGUUGCUCGUCUGCUGCAGCAGCACUUCAAUGUCCGUACACCGCAGCAGCUUGCUGCGGUCUCUCCUCAAAAGCUGCUGCGUCUCCUUGCUGCGCAGCUGCGCUGCUCCCCGCUGCAGCAAGUGGCGCGAAAACCGCAGAAGACCCUGCAGCAGCUGGAGCAGCAGCAGCAGCAACUGCAACAGCAGCAGCAGCAGCAGCAGAAGGGCGACCAAAGUUUGCAGCAGCAGAGGGAACACGUUCAGGGAUCCGAAACAGCGCGCAAGGUCGUGAGGCAGCAGCAGCAGCAACAGCAGCAGCAGCAGCAACAACAACAGCAGCAGCAGCAGCAACAGCAGCUGCAACAGCAUCAGCAUCAGCAACAGCAGCAGCAACCGCUGCAGCAGCAGCAGCACCAGCAGCAGCAGCAUCGGUAUGAAUAUUUGCAGCAGCAACAACAGCUGCAACAGCAACAGCAGCAGCAACAACAGCAACAGCAGGAACAGCAGCAACAACAACAACAACAACAGCAACGGCAACAACAGCAACAGCAGCAGCAGCAAGUGCAGUUGCGGCUGCAGCAGAAUCCAAAUGACCCGCAGCAGCGUCUGCUGCUGUUUCAACAGCAGCAGCAACGCGGAGAGCAGCAAACACGGCGAGAACAGACGCCAGGCAGCUUUUUUCGGGGGAUGCUGCAGCAGGAGCAGCAGCAGCAGCAGGAGCAGCAGCAGCAGGAGCAGAUGGCUCUAGACGCCCAGCCACUUCCCAGUUGGAUAACAAAUCUGCGGAGACAUAAGAGACCCUUAGAAGCGCUUCAACAGCAGCAGCAACAGCAGCAGCAACAGCAGCAGCAACAGCAGCAACAGCCACAGCAGCAACAACAUCAACCGCAGCAGCAACUGGAACAACGACAGCAGCAGCACCAACAUGCGGUGCAACAACUACAACAGCAGCUCCAGGUUAGGCAGCACGCGAACCCGCAGCCUGAGGCACUGCUGCAGCACGAGCAGCAGCAGCAGCAACAACAGCAGCAGGAGCAGCAGCAGCUGCUGCUCCUGCGUCCGCUUCCAUGGCCGUCUCUUUGGGCCUUUUGCUGCUGCCGUCUCUCCCCCCCGCCUCUUUCCCGUGCUGCUGCAGAUAUCGAGCAAAGAAACAAACGUCUGCGCUCCUCAGCAGCAGCAGCACCAGCAGCAGCAGCACCUGCUGCUGGUGCUGCACCGGCAACAGGAGCUGCAGCAGCAGCAGCCGCUGCAGCUGCUGCUACGGGGAAAAUAAGGGUCCGAAGAAACGGCAGCAGCACAUGCUUCUCCAUCGCAGAGUCUUUGCUGCUGCCGCAGCACUACAGCAGCAGCAACAACAGCAACAGCAGCAGCAGCAGCAACAAGAACGACAACCUGCUAGCUGCUGCCUUGAAACGCUCUGCUGUUUUUGCUGCCUGCAUGCUGUGGAGUGAACCUGCUGUUGUUGCUGCUGCUGCUGCUGGGCGACGCAGAAAGAAGAAUCGCCGCCGCCGCAGCAGCAGCAGCGGCAGCAGCAGCAGCAUUGGUAGUGACGCCAGCAGGGAGAAGGAGCAGGAGCUACAGGAGCAAGAGAUCGCCAGGCAGAAGGGCAUGCAGCAGCAGCAGCAGCAGCAAGUCGUGCUGCAGCCGUACCAGUUGCUUUGCUGCUCGUUUCGCCUGUUGACGGCUGCUUCGUCGUCCCUGCUCUCCAGCUGCAGCAAACUCAUGGAUCCUAGGCUGCCGCAUGCAAUGCUGCACCAACGAAGGCCCCGACCUGCUGCUGCUGGUGCUGCUGCAGAUCAAGCGUCUUCAGCAACAGGAGAAGAAACAGCAGCAGCAGCAGCAGCGAUAGCAUCUGCUGAUGCUGCUCCUGAUGCUGCUGAUCCUCCUGCUUCUAUAGAGGAGUGGUGCUUGAUGUACGGAAUCGAAUUCACAACGCACAACAGCAGCAACAGCAGCAGCAGCAGCAGCAACAGCAGCAGCAGCAGCACGCAGGACAGCCUCGCAAGAGCGGCGAGUUGGGAGUGCUUUUGUCUCCUUGGCCUUCUAGCACUGGCAGACGCAGGCCUUUUU